ACCCUGAAUCUAGUUAUCCAUCUGAUGAAGUGGAUGUCACGUGCAAGAGAGCUCUUUGUGAAUAUAUAGAUGAAGCUUUGAGUGAACCUCUCAAUAACAAAGCCCGAAAUUUGUAUCAGUUUGGUAACAUGGUAAACUGUAUGACAAACAGAAGCAGAUUUGAUUAUGCUGACUAUGGUUGUUGGUGUGGAGCAGGAGGAAGCGGAAAGCCUGUGGACCACGUAGACAAAUGCUGUCAAAUUCAUGACAAAUGCUAUGACGUCGCCAUGGUCGAAAAGUGUUACUUUUAUUUUCAUGUUUAUUCCGUGAUUUAUAGAUACCAAGGAUGCAGGCAGUGUGAUCCUAUUUCCAGCUACCCCUCAUGGGAAGACAAAGUUGAUGUGGAAUGUAAGAAGGCCGUGUGUGACUGUGACAGCGAUGCUGCACUCUGUUUUAGUCAGUCUGUUUAUAAUUCGUCUCUUUACAACUAUGACACAUCAAAAUGUUAG